ACUAUUUCUUAUAUCUUUCUUAUACGAUGUCAUCAUCAUCCUCAGACGAUUCUGCUUCUGAAUUCAUAAUCAACCAUCUCACAAGUAAUUCUACAUUUCAACUAUAUAAGGAGCUAAAAUGCUUGGAAGCAGAACAGUCAGAUGCUGAAAGUUCAAGACGUCCUGGGCAAAGUCGAAGAUAUAUAGAUAGAAAUCGUGAAGAAGGGCAUAAACGUCUUUGGAAAGACUAUUUCGAUGAGCAUCCUGUUUUCCCACCUCAAACGUUUAGACGAAGAUUUCGAAUGAGGCGAGAUCUAUUUGUUCAAAUAGUUAACGGUAUCUCUAACCAUUCUAUUUAUUUUCAACAAAGAAAAGAUGCUUUAGGAAACAAUGGUCUUUCCCCUUUACAAAAAUGCACUGCUGCCAUACGCCAGUUGGCAUAUGGCACAACUGGUGACCUCUUUGAUGAAUACAUACGAAUUGGUGAAUCAACUUCAAGCAAAUGUCUACAAAACUUUUGUCGAUGCGUGAUUGAGGUUUAUUCAAGCCAUUAUUUGAGAAAACCAAAUGCUAAUGACAUCCAAAAUUUACUACAAAAACAUUCAGAAAAGCACGGGUUUCCUGGUAUGCUUGGAAGUAUUGAUUGCAUGCAUUGGCCUUGGAAAAAUUGUCCGGUUGCAUGGCAAGGUCAAUAUACUCGAGGUGAUCAAGGUUGUCCAACAAUUAUGUUGGAAGCAGUUGCAUCACAAGACCUUUGGAUAUGUCAUGCAUAUUUCGGGGUUGCCGGGUCUAACAAUAACAUUAAUGUACUUAACCAGUCACCGUUAUUCAAUGAUGUAUUACAAGGUUAUGCUCCUGAAUGCAAUUUUACUGUUAAUGGAAGAACAUACACAAAAGGAUAUUAUCUUGGAGAUGGUAUAUAUCCUGAAUGGGCUACAAUGGUUAAAAGUUUUCCACAUCCGGCUGACCCAAAAAGGAUCAAGUUUAAAGAAAUGCAAGAGGCUGCAAGAAAGGAUGUGGAGAGAGCAUUUGGUGUUCUGCAAUCUCGUUGGGCAAUUGUACGAGGUCCAGCAAGAUCGUGGCAACUUAAAAACAUAAAGGAUAUAAUGUAUACAUGCAUUAUAUUACAUAAUAUGAUCGUAGAAAAUGAAGGAAAUGCAAUUAGUAAUUGGUCAGAUGAUGUUGAUCCUCCUAUACGUGUGAAUCGAGGACCUGUCGAAGAAGUUCAAUAUCAAAUUCAAAGAAACUCUGAACUACGCGAUAAUGCCGUACAUCAUGCUCUUCGACAUGAUUUAAUGGAGCAUAUUUGGGAACGUUUUAUUAAUAGGGAGUCACGUUUGAUCUUCCUAACAUUCUUCAUGGACGUCAAGGAGAAAAAUAAUGUGAUGGUGGUGGGUGUAUCUCCCCAAUCCAUUUGA